GAGACUGACGGCAGUGAUGCUCAGAACGAGUAGCCAUUAUUGACUUCACAAAUAAUUAAUUUCAGAAAGAAGGUCUUGUAAUAUCGGUCGAGGUUUACUGUUUUCAUUAACAUUUGGCUCAUAUCACAGUUUGUUUUAUUUAUUUAUUAGUGGGUAGCACAGCCUACAUGGAUUUAUACGGAAAGAUGUCUGCCACUCAGGGGACUCAAGGGAAGGAGGGCGGGGACCAGAACUUUGACUACAUGUUCAAGCUGCUGAUCAUUGGGAACAGCAGUGUGGGUAAAACCUCCUUCCUUUUCCGCUACGCUGACGACGCCUUCACCUCAGCCUUCGUCAGCACUGUGGGCAUCGACUUCAAAGUCAAGACUGUCUACAAGAAUGACAAGAGGAUUAAAUUGCAGAUCUGGGACACGGCGGGACAGGAGCGGUACCGGACCAUCACCACUGCUUACUACCGCGGAGCCAUGGGCUUCAUCCUUAUGUAUGACAUCACAAACGAGGAGUCCUUCCAUUGUGUGCAGGACUGGUCGACCCAGAUUAAGACCUAUUCGUGGGACAACGCCCAGGUGGUGUUGGCUGGGAACAAAUGUGACAUGCAGGAGGAGAGGGUGGUGGCUGCAGACAGUGGGAGACAACUGGCAGAACAACUGGGUUUUGAGUUCUUUGAGACAAGUGCCAAGGACAACAUCAACGUCAAGCAGACCUUCGAGCGCCUCGUUGACAUCAUCUGUGACAGGAUGUCCGAAAGCCUGGACACUGACACCGCCGUUACCAUGGGAACACCCAGCGCCAAACUGACAGACAGCGCCCCGCCCCUCCAGCAGCCCGCCUGCAACUGUUAGUGGCUCCUCCCAGUUACUGUGUCGCCAAGAUACCCAGUCCCUUAGAUGUAGUCUGCAUCCCAAAUGACAUCCUAUUACCUAUUUCAGAGUUUCUUAAACUAUGGGUUGGGACGCAAAAUGGGGCCUGGGCAUGUGAGAGGUGAGUAGCAUUAUAGAAUACAUCUAUAAUCACACACAAUUUCUUCUUAAUAUGAGUCGUUGGGAGGACGAUUUGGUUCACGGGAUGAUGGUACAUUUUUUAUUUGGGUCUCGAGCUGAAAUAGUUUAAGAACCCCUGCCUUAUAUAAUGCACUACUUGAGCAGGACCCACAUAGUGCUCUUGUCAAAAGUAGUUCACUAUGUAGGGAAUAGGGUGCUAUUUUGGAUACAGACAGUCUUAAAGGUACAAUGCUGAUAUUUUUAAAACCUUAAUAUCAUAUAAUUUCUGGGUAACAAUAAAAUAACUUACUGUUAUUGUUUUCAAUUAAAAUGGUAAAAAAUAAACAAAAAUUGCUUCUUAGCAAAGAGCCAUUUCUCAAGCAAGAAUUUUGCUAUGGCAAGUGGUCUUGGGAGUGGUCUGAGUGGGGACGGGAAAACUGAAAACUAGCUGUUAUUGGCAAAGAGGUUUGGAACUCUCUUUCUUAUUGGUCUAUUUCCUAAUUUAACGCCUGGUGUUGUCAAUAGGCAGGCCAAAACUCCAUUCCACCAAAACAGGCUGAAAUUUCAGGCGGCCUUUUCAACUGCUCUUACACUAAAAGGGCAUUAUCAUAAUUUACACAGUCACAGUAUUAUUCCAACCUCAUAGUAUGGAAAUAUAUAUAAAACACAGGAAAUCACAUGUUUUACUGUACUGGGCCUUUAAAGCAGGGGUGCACAACUAAAGUCCUGGAUGGCUGCUGUGAAGGCUGACUUUCCUCCUUGCCUUUUAGUCAGAGAUUGACCAGUGUAGCUGCUGUAGGUGCACUGUCUGGCCAAUCAGUGACAGUAGUUGAUCAAUUAAGUGCCAGGAUGGAAGGAAAACCAGCAGGACUUCAUCCCUAGUGGACUGCAGUUGUUCACACUUGUCUUUCUGUAUCCUGCACUGUAACAGAAAACUGUAAUUUAUUCAGUCAUUUUGAGUAUUAGUAAAAUACUCUGAAACUUUUUACUACAGCAUACUGUAUACUAUGGUACAUUGUGGGAAAACGUUUUGGUCGGAGAAGUCAUUGCUUUGUUUUGAAUGGUACUGUAAUUCCACCCCACAGAAUACAGCACCAUACCGUAUCUUUUGAGGGCCAAAAACCUUUUGACCACUAAUGGGUGCAUGGUAUUGUUGUGCAUCUCAAAAAUGAUAUUUUUGUUUUUGUUUCGAUGUUGAAUCAGUCCCUAAAUGUUCUGCAUGUCAGCAUUCAAGUUUUCAAGAUAUUGAAAACGCAUCAUACUGUGACACUUUCGGUAUUUUGACAUUUCUUUAUCUUGAAAACUUGAUUGCUGACAUGCAAAAAAAUAAGGGACUGUAUCAUCGGUGGACUAAUGAAAAACAUACAUUAAUGUAAUAUUCCCUUUAACAUAUUUUGAGGCUUGCACCUGCAUGUGAGAACGCUGUACCAAUUUGACUGCUAUGUGGUGAUAGUGACCCAUUCAUUCAUAAUGUAUAGUGGACAGAUUAGAGUGGCAGCAAGUCAAACUUUAAGUGGUUGAGCAUGUUGCCAGGUCCUUUUGGUCUGUUUUGUAGUCGCUGUCAGCUUGGAAACCUUGGUUAAGGCCCCUAGAUGGGCAAGUGAUACAAAACACAAAUAUUAAUAAAUAUGAUAUAAUGUGUAAACACUUUACAUAGCAGCCAACUUGCUUGCACCACUCCCUUGUAAAAUACUGUAAAGUACAAACCCCUCCCCUCAAUGAAUUUCAUUAAUCCAUUCAUUCAUUCUGAUUACGGUAGAAUUAACUUUUUUGUAGUAUAAUAGGGUACAUUUGACGGUAUUGUACUGUAUGUGUCAUUACCAAGUAAUUGCAUUGAUACCGUAUUUAUAUAAUAGUAGGUGUACUGUAAUACGAAAUACAGAAUUAGACUUGCCACUGAGCUGCCUGUAAGUUACUGUCAAAUUCACAGCAACUCCUUUACAGUGUGGUGUGUUAUCCGACCGCUUUUUUUCACUGAACAUCAAUGGCAAUCAACUAGCCUUGGUGACAGUUUGUUUCUGCUCUCUUGCCAACUCUUUAUGGAAUUGUGGAGUUGGCAAGAGCACAGAUCAGUGACCAGGCUAGCAAUCAAUGUAUGUCCCUCUCCAUAGCUGUGUUGAGGAACAGAUACACACUUCACACCUUUACCUGGAAACACAGAGGGUCAAUAUAAGUCUGAGUCGAUGUAGGCCUAUUAUAGUGGGGCUGAUAAUAGGACAUUACAAACAUACAUUAUUCUCUUUAGCUUACCAUAACAUAUUUACAAAAAUGAUGCUUGUAAAGGCUUUUAGAAUUCAAUGUGUGGUCAAUGCACGUACUGCACAGUAGCUUUCCAGCUGGCUUCAAAGACUUGUUAUCAAUUGUAAUUCUGUGAGGAGAACCCAUAGUUGUCACUGUUUUUACUGUCCAUCGUAAAACCUGCUGGACACACAGUUAUAAUCAGUGCUUUCAUUUAUUUAUCCUUCUAUUUAUGUAUUUAUUUUGUAUGUAUUGUUGUUACAUAGUCUUCUGCCACAGCCAAACUAUAUCAUUAAGUGUACUGUAUACAAACUGGUAGGUAGUAGUGAUUUCUGUUUGCAGUUUGUGUGUGCGUGCGUGACCGUGUGCCUGUGUGUUUUAGGAAAAAUGAAUGAGUGUGGCUGUGUGAGUACUUUCAAUCAUCUACCUUGGAUAAAAACAAACGUGGCCUUUUAGUAUUUCCAACAUGGCCUCUUCUCCUUGUGCUCACCUGCUGCAUUUAUUUCAUAUUUAAUGAAUAUACUAUACAUGCAUUGUGUCUAUGUGAGUACUGUAUUAUACUGUAUGCAUUGUGUCUAUGUGAGUACUGUAUUAUACUAUACAUGCAUUGUGUCUAUGUGAGUACUGUAUUAUACUGUACAUGUGUUUUGUAGUAGUAGUCCUGAUGUGUGAUCUGAUGAGUGUCUGCAUUUCUGCUAAACUGAAUAGAUCCUCUUUUCCUAGCCUUAAUAAGAAUAAUACAAGUGUGAUGUCAAAUAGCCAAUAACCUAAGUUGUGUUUUUAUACCCAGACCCUUACAUUUAGCUUUACCCAAACAAUAAACCCUUCCCUCAUUUCCAGCAGAUUGACAUUUCUUGUUUUGAAUCUUGCCCUGGAGGCAGAACUGAGUGGUUUCUGCUAGAUAGGCCAGCUGCAAAGUCAAAAUUGUCUAUGUUGUAGAAAUUUAUGAAAACAAACAUGUGAUCUUUGGUCUUAAUUUAAGGUUAGGGUUAGGCAUUAGGCUUAGCAAUGUGGUCAAGGUUAGGGUUAAGGUAAGUUUAAAAUCAGAUUUUAUGAAUUUGUGGCUGUGCCACCUAGUGACCAGUCUGCAGAGCUGCCUCCAGUACAUGAUUUAUGUCAAUAAAUACCAACCUGCUCAUUUCCACUUCUCAAGAGAAAUGAAAACAUAUAAUUCACAAAUUAAACACAGCCAAGAUAUGAUAUGUUAUGACCGAUGGAUACUGAAGCCAUGAUAGAUAGUCUGUCUGACUGGAUAAACAGCAAUAUUCUAUGAAACAAGCAAAACAUCCAUAUUUCAUAUACCUGCUCCAGUAUAUGGGUUCCCUUUUAUAAGAAACUAAUGCACCUUUUUCACAUCCCUGACAAGCUUAGGGAUCAUGUUAUUAUUGUCACUCCAUCCUUGGCUGAAGCAAAUUGUCCUUUACAUCGAGAAUGUCCUGUAAAUCCCAGUAAGGAUAAUCUCUUCUAUAUAUUAAGUGAAUAGUUACAUUGAUCAUUUAGCUACAAAUGACCUAGAAUCAGAAUAGUAAAAAUAUAUAAUUGUGCCAAAAAACUGGCUGUAGUUUGUUUUGCACCAUCUAGAGUUUCUGCAUAGAAAAAUUAAGGUUCAGAAAAGUUGCAUGAAGACAUUGAAUUAUCUAUAUUUCUAUCAAUAAAGGUGUAUAUUGUCUAUG